AUGUCCAAGUCUCUUAGCAUCCAAGUCCCCGCGCGAACGCCCCUGGGCGAACGCUCAGGGAACGAAAACAUCAGCGCGGCGUCGAAAUUCCCGUCCAGUAAGCUGAAGUUGGACGAGUUAUUUUUAAACUGGUUAUCCAUGGCGGAGAGCCAAAACUUGGUGUACGAACUGUUGAAGGAUGCGAAGGCCGGGAAACCGCUGCGACAGCCGAAGAGCGGUGCGAUGCACGCAAACGUCGCUGCAGCGAUAGGAACGCCACCGAGGAGCCCGCAGAAAGGGUCGAGGUACGGUACGAGCGCGUUUUCGCCUACGAGGCGACCGCUGUCGAGGCAGGCGUCUUUGUUCACUCGAGCGACGAAUGAGCCACACUCGAUUCCGACGUUUUACAAGCCAGGCGGUGAAGGCUUGAGCGAAGAGGUGAACGCAGGAAAGGUCGCGUUGGCGGAGCGCAUGUUUGAAAGACACUUGACUGGGAUGAAUUUAGAGGCAUUCGCGGGAGUGGUUCGAGACGUCGUCGGAUUGCCGCGAUAUUUCGCCAAACGUGUGAUGAAGCUCGUGGCCGGGGCGAAUGCGGAUGUCGUCACGCGUGAGCAAUGGUUUAGUUAUUGGAAUUCUACGCUUCGUCGGCAGAAGGAUGUGAGUUCAGCCAUGUUUGAAAUUUUGCGACGACCAAACGCUCGAGCGUUGGAACACGCAGACUUUACCGAGGUGCUCACGGAGAUGACGCAAACGCAUCCGGGCUUGGAUUUUUUGAAGACCACUCGCGAAUUCCAGGAACGUUACGUAGAAACGGUGAUUUAUCGUAUAUUUUACGAGUGCAACACGACCUGGAACGGGCGUUUGACGCUGCGAGAGUUGAGAAAAUCAGACUUGCUUGAGCACAUGUUGCUCGCCGAAGAAGAGGAAGACAUCAACCGCGUGUUGAAGUACUUUUCGUACGAGCAUUUCUACGUCAUCUACUGCAAGUUUUGGGAACUCGAUACCGACCAUGACUUUUUCAUCAAUCGUGAAGACUUAUUGCAUUACGGUAAUCACGCGUUGACGUAUAGAAUCGUGGCGAGGAUAUUUGACCAGGCGGGGAGGCCGUUCAAAUCAGACGUGCCCGGGAAGAUGAGCUACGAAGACUUUGUUUGGUUCAUUUUGAGUGAAGAAAACAAGAACCAUCCGCUAGCGCUAGAUUACUGGUUCAAAUGCAUCGAUACUCAUCACGACGGCGUCAUCACGCGAGAUGAGAUAUACUACUUUUAUGAGGAACAGAUUCAACGCAUGGAAUGCCUGGCGCAAGAACCCGUCCUGUUCGAGGAUAUUUUGUGUCAAAUGAUGGAUAUGCUCAAGCCCGAAGUCGACGCGAGAGUGACUCUGAACGACUUACGAUCGAGCAAGAUGAGUGGCAACUUCUUCAACGUUCUCUUCAACAUGAACAAGUUCAUCGCAUUUGAAACGAGGGAUCCGUUCUUGAUGCGACAAGAGCGCGAAGAACCGCACUUGACGGAAUGGGACCGCUUCGCUCGCGGAGAGUACCUCCGGCUGAGCAUGGAGGAAGACGAUGAGAUGGACCACGCGAGCGAUGUGGUGUGGGAAGAAUCCCCUAUAUGAAUAAUGAUUAGAGAUACUGUACACUGUAACGAUAGC